UUAUGUUUUUAUUAUUCAUAUUUGGAAAAGUAAUUUAAAUCGAUUGUUAGUACCCUAAUAUACAAAAUCAAUUACUUUGACCUUUUUUUUUUCCAGUAAUUACUUUGACCUUCAAAUUAAAUUUUUGGGUUAAACAAAACGCCACAACCCUAUGGCUUUGACUUGGCCAACAUUUUUUUUUUGGUUUCUAUUAUGUUUUCGGAACAAUAGUUGAAUCAUGUCUAGUUCCGUCAAAAUAAGCUUGGCCUGCCAAUUUUUUUUUCUUUCCGCAUUUAAAAACUGCUCCAUAAUUGAAAAACCAAAUCCGGAUUUUGAAGUCCUGCACCAUCACCUCAGGGGGUGGAUCCAGAAUUUAAUGUUUAUGGGUUCCUGCAGCAACCUCGAAUAAAUUUUCAAUAGUAACUGGGUUCAAAUUCAAACAUUUAUAGAUAGUAAAUUUUUCGAACACAUUUAUACUGUUUGGACAAAAUCUACUGAUUCAUGUGAACCCGUAGGUCGGGAGGUAGAACCGCGCCCAGUGGCAAAGCCAAGAAAUUCAAUAAGGGUGUUCAAAUUCUAAACACCCUUGCAUAGCUAUAAGGGUGUUCAAAGUCUAUUUUUAAUCAAUAACAAGUAAUGUUUUACCUUAUACGUAGUAUAAUUUUUCGGCGAAGGGUGUUCAGUUGACCAGCUUCUCUUGUUAUAUAAUUUGGACAAAAUCGAAAUCUGAACUAAAUCUGAAUUGCAAAGGAUUAAUGAAAUUAAAAAACAUUGAACAGUUAUUUGUGUACCCACAGAAGCAUCCCCACACAGCUGGAGGAAAUAGAUUUUGUCAGAUUGAUUUCGAUGUUUAGCUCAUGACUCACAUGUGAUUUAUACCCACACAGCUGUAUUUCUCUGAAUUACAGUUACAACAGUUAUUAUUAGCUGUCACAUCAGCAUUCUAAUCUGCCAUAGUAUCAUUUAUAAAUACAACAGUAUAAUUUAUUUCUCCAUCUAAUUGUACUAUGUCCAUAUUUCUUCUUAUUUAAGCUUAGCAAUCUCGAAACCCACAAUUCCUUAAACUAAGAUUAAUUUCCUCCAACUUGUAUAAGCUUCUGUCAUCUUCCACUAAUUGGGUUUUCUUUUCUUUUACUAUACUAGAUGAAACCUUCAACAAAACCAGUUUGUCACCAUUUCUUCAAACCGUUUUCUUAUUUUCAUUUCAACUUUCUCAAGUAUGAAGAAAAUGCUUCACUCUAUACACUCAUUUCUUAUUUUUCUACUUCACAAUCACAUAAUUCCGAAACAAAGAAUCUCAUUAAGGAGUUGAAUGGUGAUAUUACUUCAUGUCCAAAAUUACUCAGAAAGAAAAAAUCUCAUUUUACUCACUUUCUUGGUUCAUCUAACGACAAUUACUUAAAUACGUUCGUAUCACCAGAAAAGCCAAAGGUUCAUAAUGCGAAUGCCAUCAGCAAUAUUUCAGUUGAAGGCUCAACUGGAUCAUCGAUUCGAAAACCAAUUAAUUUAUUGUUGUUUAUGUGUCAUUCGCCUGUGAAAAAUGUAAUGUGGGAAGCGAGAUCGAGUAUUUUUGGAAGGCCAUCAAAUUCUGCAGUUGUUCAGUCUCUUCAAAAUGAUUUGAUUGCUAAAACACCAUCAAGGAGUAGGACUAAUGUUUUAUUCAAAUUUUCUUCUGAUUAUACACUUCGGGAACGAUAUAGAAAUCCCAGGAAUGAGAUUAGGAUUGGAAAGUUGCUGGAAGAUUUGGAUGCUUUGGCCGCAACCAUUUCCUAUAAGCAUUGUUCUUCUAAUGAUGGUACAUCUAGGUCCAUAAAACUGGUGACUGCAUCUAUGGAGAAGAUGAUUCUGAAAAAAACUAUUCGUAUUGACACUGAUCUCACUAUAGAAGGGGCUGUUAUAUGGGUUGGAUGUUCAUCUUUGGAAAUUCAACUUGAAGUGAAGCAAUCUACACCAGAAUCAUCCAAUACCACAGAGUCAGUAGCUCUUACAGCAAACUUCACAUUUGUGGCCAGAGACUCUAAGACUGGAAAAUCAGCUCGAAUCAACGCGAUUUUACCUGAAACUGAAAAAGAAAAGCUUCUUUGGGAAGAAGCAAAGGAAAGAAACAAGAUGAGAAAGGAGAAAAGAGAACAGAAGCAUGACACCAAUAUUGGAGACAAUGUAAAUAGACUGAAUAAAUUGUUGGCUGAAGCUUUGUUAGAUAGAGACAGCAUUCUAAUAAAGGAAACUUGUCUUCAAAAUUCUUUGGUUUGCCAACCUGAGCAAAGAAACAUUCAUGGUCAAAUAUUUGGAGGUUUCCUAAUGAGGAAAGCUUUUGAAUUGGCUUAUGCAACAGCUUAUUCAUUUGCUGGCAGUACACCUUGCUUUGUGGAAGUUGACUAUGUUGAUUUCUUGAAACCUGUAGAUGUUGGAGAUUUCCUCCAGCUCAAAUCAUGUGUUUUGUAUACAGAACUAGAAAACAUGUCGCGGCCUCUGAUUUAUGUGGAAGUUGUAUCUCAUGUUACACAGCCCGAACAUCUUUCCAGUGAGGUUUCAAACAAUUUUUACUUCACUUUCACUGUCAGCUCGGAUUCACUAAGAAAUGGUUUAAAAAUUAGGAAUGUUGUCCCUGGUACAGAGGAGGAAGCACGGCGUGUUAUCGAACAUAUUGAUGUUAACAAGCAGAAGAGAUUGAAGGAAUGCGUGUAAACAACUGUUUUGCGCCUAAAAGAUUUUAUACACAUAUACUCUACAAUACAAAUGUACAUUUAUUCGUUUUGGGACUUUAUUACAUUCUGUACACACACAAAAAUCCAAGUGAAUUUCUAGCACUCUCUUAUAUUGUGGAUUCA